AUGACUGGUUCAAGUGCAUCUGAUCAAGAUGGUUUAGGACUUGUCACUAUCCCAAGAGAUGAACCUGAGGCUUCAGAAGGAAGGGAUCCUAUUUCUUAUAAUGAACAUAUUGCUAACCUGAUGCAACAAAUGGCCAAUAUGCAAAGAGAGAUCGAUCGACUUCGAAACCUUACCAAUUUGUCUAUUAGCCUAAAUACACCACUUCCCGAACAUGGGGCAGAUGCAACUAUUCCACCUGUUGACUCUCCCUCGCCUCAAGACUUCCUUCCAAAUCCUUCCCCUUUCAAAACCAAUAUGACUGCUCCUAAACAACCCGUCAACCAACCACAAGUCAAUUUCGCAAACAUCAACUCACAACAAACCAAUCCACUACCUUUCACUACCCCUUAUGUUUCCCAAACUCCAGUCCUCCAAACUACACUUACCCAAACUCCACUCACUGAAACUAACCCACUUACCCAAAAAGCCCCACUCACCCAAACCAACCCGCUCAUCCAAAAAUACCAAACAAUCCAACAUAUACCUGUGACACAUACUACAACUCCUAACAUGCAAUAUGUGCCACAAGUAUACGUAAUAGAAGCUCAACCUUUCGUUACUCCAAUACCAACCAUGCUAGAAGUCGAUCCAUAUGAGGAGAUGGAGAGAAAGGCCAGAUCAAAAACAGAUGAAAGUGUAGCUAGGGAGAUUCGUAAUUUGAAGGAAGCGUUCAAAAGUAUCCAACUUCACAAGGAGUGCGAAGGGUUUGAGUAUGAGGAUUUAUGUGUUCAUCCUGAUGUCGAGUUGCCUGUAGGAUAUAAAGUACCAAAAUUUGAUGUGUUUGAUGGGAAAGGAAAUCCACAAGCUCAUUUAAGAUCGUAUUGUGACAAGCUAGUUGGAGUGGGGAAAGAUGAGGCCAUUAGAAUGAAAUUAUUCAUAAGGAGUUUGACAGGAGAAGCAUUGGAUUGGUAUACAAGUCAAGAUCCGAAGAAAUGGCAUAGUUGGAGUAUCAUGGCACAUGAUUUCAUGGAUAGGUUCAAGUUCAACACUGAGGCCAUACCAGAUAGAUUCUAUUUGAUGAAAUUAGAAAAAAGGUCGACGGAGUCUUUUAGAGAAUAUGCCAUGAGAUGGAGAGCAGAUGCUGCAAAGGUUCAACCUCCGAUGACAGAAAGUGAGAUGACCUCCCUUUUUAUACAAUCUCAAAAAGAUGCAACGUAUUAUGAGAAGAUGAUAAGCGUGGUAGGACAAAAGUUCUUUGAAGUUGUAAGGAUGGGAGAAUUCAUUGAAGAAGGUAUUAAAACUGGGAGAAUCACUAAUUUGGCAGCCUUACAAGCAACAAGUAAAGCAAUUCAGUCAGAUUCAAUUGGAGGAGCCUUUAAGAAGAAGAAGGACGGAGUGUCCGCUGUCAUGACCAUCCAGGAACGUAGGCCAAACCAAAUGUUAACAUACCAAAACCCUUUACCCCAACCUUCAUACCAUAAUCAGUAUACCCAAGUCCCUCAACCAUAUUACCAGCCUUCUGUCGCCCCUUAUCCAGUUUACACUACUCAGCCAAUAUAUUAUCCAUCCAGAGCGCCCACUUAUCCAAAUCCCUCACAAUACCGACCUACAUACCCACCUCAAUCCCAUUAUCAAACACAAAUUCGCCCAUCAAAUCCACCAAGGCCCCGCCCAAACUUUGAAAGAAGACCACCCAAAACCUAUACACCUUUAGCCGAACCUUUAUCCCAACUAUAUGAAAGGUUGAGAACCGCAGGGAUACUCCAACCAAUCCAAGCACGAAUUCCCAACCCCCUUCCCGGAUGGUAUGAUGACACUAAGCAUUGCGUCUAUCACUCUGGAGCUGCUGGACAUGACACCGAGAACUGUCUUACUCUCAAGGACAAGAUUGAGGCAUUAAUCAAAGAAGGAGUUAUUCAACUCAGAGGUGCUGCCCCCAAUGUAAAUAACAAUCCUCUUCCAAAUCAUGAGAAUGUGAACAUGAUCACCAUUGAUGAAGAAUGCAAUUUGGAAGGGACUAUUUUGCCAAUCAAAGAAGAGAAGAAUGUUAUGGCAUCUGCCUUUAUUGCUCCCAUUAUCACAAUCCAGGCGCGAGCGCCAUUUGAAGUGGAAGUUUUGGUUCCUAAACCUAAGAUUACGGUUUUGGUUGCUCAAUCAACUCAUUUUGAUACUAAAGCAGUUCCCUGGAGUUACUCAACUGACACAAAGGACAAAGGGAAAGGAAAGGUAGUUGUAGAAGUUGCUGCUGCCGGAAUGACAAGAUUGGGGCGAUGUUAUGCCCCUGAAGGUAUUGCACGAAUCGUACCGAAUAAGGAAGUUAACCAAAAGAAAGUUGUGACAGAAGCUGAAAUAGAGGAUUUUUGGAGGAAAAUGCCAACAAAAGAAUAUUCUGUUGUUGAACAGUUGAAGAAGACUCCCGCCCAAAUUUCCUUGAUGUCAUUAUUGAUGAGUUCUGAAACUCACAGGAGUGCUUUGGUGAAAGUUCUAAGUGAAGCUUAUGUUCCGGCCAAUAUCACAAGUGAGAAUCUUUCAGCCAUGGUAGGGCAGGUUUUGGAAGCAAACAAAGUCUGUUUUCACGAAGAGGAAUUACCAUCUGAAGUCAUUGGCGAAAUUGAUUUGCCACUACAAAUUGGACCCGAGGAGUUCGUGGUAGAAUUCCAAGUAUUGGACAUACCUGCUAGUUACAAUUUAUUGCUUGGGAGGCCUUGGAUCCAUAUGGCUGGUGCGGUCCCUUCUACCCUGCACCAAAAUUUGAAAUUUGUUUGGAACCACCACGAGAUUAUUGUUCAUGGAGAAGGUAGUAAUUCCAUGUAUCCUGAGAAUUCAAUCCCUGUUGUUGAAAGUAUGGAAGAACUGGAUGGGUCUGUGUUCCAUACUAAAGAGAUUAUGUGUGUUCAUCAAACCGAAAGGGUAAAGUUACCACGUGUGCUUGUGAUGGUGGCUUGGGAAAUGUUGAAGAAUGGUUUCAUGCCUGGUCGAGGACUUGGAGUGAACUUAGGUGGAAUAGUGGAACCAAUUCAAUUGUCGGGCCAGAAAUACACCUUUGGUUUGGGAUACAAGCCUACUCCUGAAGAAGUCUCAUUGGCCGAUCUCAAAAGGAAAAGUGACAUUUCAUUGCCCCAUCCCAUUCCGCACUUGAAUCAGUCAUUUUCCAAGGCAUAUAUUAUAAAGGAAUCAGAGGAAGACGCUGAAAACACCCUCGUGGAAGGACUCAAAAACUUAUUUAUAGAAGAAGCGGAAUGCAACAUGAUCUUGGAGGAUUGUACCGAGAUUCCGACCAUAUGGGAUGUGGAGCCUGGAGAUGCUUUGAACAAUUGGACUUAUAACCCAUCCCCCGAGCAAAUUAAUAAAUCUGCCAAUACCGAGAAUGUGACAUGUAAUGAAAUGAGCAAACAAAUCUCAAAUACUGAGCAAUCUUUUGCGGAAUAUGAAGAAGAGGUGCAACCUGAAGAGUUGACUGAAGAUUUUGAACAUUUUGAGAAUAAAAUAAAGCCAAAUUUGGAUGAAACUGAGACGAUGGAUGUAUUUGCAUGGUCUUAUGAUGAUAUGCCGGGUCUAAGCACAAACAUUGUUUCACAUAAGUUGCCGACUGAUCCAUCUUGUCCCCCAGUCAAGCAAAAGCCAAGGAAGAUCAAGCCUGAUCUGAGUUUAAAAGUUAAGGAAGAAGUUUCUAAGCAAAUCGACGCCAACGUCAUCCGAGUCACAAAGUAUCCUACAUGGUUAGCUAAUAUAGUGCCAGUACCAAAGAAAGAUGGAAAAAUCAGAGUAUGUGUAGACUAUCGAGACCUCAACAAGGCCAGUCCGAAAGAUGAUUUUCCACUUCCAAACAUUCACAUACUUAUUGAUAAUUGUGCAAAGCAUGAGUUGCAGUCAUUUGUUGAUUGCUUUGCAGGCUACCAUCAGAUUCUAAUGGAUGAAGAAGACGCUGAUAAAACGGCAUUCAUCACAUCUUGGGGAGUGUAUUGUUAUCGAGUAAUGCCUUUCGGACUCAAGAAUGCAGGAGCAACAUACAUGAGAGCUAUGACUACCAUUUUUCAUGACAUGAUCCAUAAGGAGAUUGAAGUCUAUGUAGAUGAUGUCAUUAUCAAGUCACAAAAGAGCUCCAAUCACCUCACAGAUUUGAAGAAGUUCUUUGAUAGGUUGAGGCGGUAUAAUCUGAAAUUAAAUCCUGCAAAGUGUGCAUUUGGUGUCCCUUCUGGAAAGUUGUUGGGUUUCAUUGUGAGUAGGAAGGGCAUAGAAUUGGAUCCUUCAAAAAUAAAGGCUAUUCAAGACUUGCCCCCUCCAAAGAGUCGAAAGGAUGUAAUGAGUUUUCUUGGUCGACUAAAUUACAUUAGUCGAUUCAUUGCACAGCCGACUAUAAUUUGUGAACCAAUCUUCAAGUUGUUGAGGAAAGACGCUGCCAUUAAAUGGACUGAAGAUUGUCAACAAGCUUUUGACAGAAUCAAGGAGUACUUGUCUAGUCCGCCCGUCUUGGUGCCUCCAAAACCGGGGAGACCAUUGCUACUAUAUAUGUCAGUAUCGGACAAUGCAUUUGGAUGUGUGUUAGGACAACAUGAUGAAACUGGGAGGAAAGAACAGGCUAUAUACUACUUGAGCAAGAAAUUCACGCCUUAUGAAGCCCGGUAUACUUUAUUGGAACGCACUUGUUGUGCCUUGACUUGGGUUGCACAAAAGUUAAGACAUUACUUAUGCGCGUACACCACUUUUCUCAUCUCAAGGAUGGAUCCACUCAAAUACAUAUUUCAGAAGCCUAUGCCAACGGGGAAGUUGGCAAAAUGGCAAAUUUUACUAAGUGAAUUCGAUAUUAUUUAUGUCACUCAGAAGGCCAUCAAGGGACAGGCGCUUGCUGAUCAUCUUGCUGAAAACCCUGUGGAUGAAGAGUACGAGCCUCUUAAAACUUAUUUCCCUGAUGAAGAGGUGUUAUUUAUUGGAGAGGAUAUUUUAGAAGAAUAUCAUGGGUGGAGGAUGUUCUUUGAUGCGAAAUUCAAGUUUCUAUGCACUAACAAUAUGGCGGAGUAUGAAGCUUGUAUUCUUGGACUCAAAAUGGCUGUUGAUAUGAAUAUACAAGAAUUGUUGGUUAUAGGUGACUCAGACUUAUUGAUUCACCAGGUACAAGGCGAAUGGAGCACCAAGAAUAUGAAGAUACUCCCCUAUUUGCAAUGUGUGAAGGAAAUAUGCAAGAAAUUUAUCAAGAUAGAAUUCAGGCAUAUUCCUAGAGCUCAAAAUGAAUUCGCAGAUGCCUUGGCAACCAUGUCUUCUAUGAUUCAACAUCCAGACAAGAAUUAUAUAGAUCCAAUCAAAAUCAAUGUGCAGGAUCAACCGGCCUAUUGUUUCCAUGUGGAUGAAGAAAUAGAUGGAGAACCAUGGUACUAUGAUAUUGUGAGGUAUCUCAAAGAAGGAGAUUAUCCAGAAGGCAUAAGCAAUAUUCAAAAAAGAACACUGCGGAGGCUUGCAAAUCACUUUUUCUUAAGUGGAGAAAUCCUUUAUAGGAGGACUCCAGAUUUAGGUUUAUUAAGGUGUGUCGACUCCCAAGAGGCGAGCAAGUUGAUUGAAGAAAUACAUGGGGGUACUUGCGGGCCACACAUGAAUGGUUUUACUUUGGUAAAGAAGAUUGUGCGGGCCGGAUAUUUCUGGAUGACUAUGGAAACAGACUGCAUUCGCUUUGUGAGGAAAUCCUGGGGCAUGGAUGUCAUCGGUCCUAUCGAACCCGCCGCAUCAAAUGGACACAGGUUCAUAUUGGUAGCUAUCGAUUACUUCACAAAAUGGGUAGAAGCAUCCUCACAUAAGUCUGUGACAAAAAAAGUGGUGACAGAUUUUGUUCGCAAUAACAUAGUUUGUAGAUUUGGCAUCCCCCAUUCGAUUAUAACAGAUAAUGGAGCUAACCUCAAUAGCGGUUUGAUGCAUGAGAUAUGUGAUAAGUUCAAAAUCAUUCACCGCAAUUCUACUCCUUACCGACCACAGAUGAAUGGAGCAGUUGAGGCUGCCAACAAGAAUAUCAAAAGACUUUUGGUUUAUGGAACAGAAGCAGUAUUACCAAUGGAAGUUGAGAUACCAUCCCUGAGGAUAAUCCAAGAAGCUGAGUUGAGUGAUGCCAAAUGGAUACAAAGCCGAUAUGAACAAUUGAUGCUCAUUGAUGAAAAGAGAAUGAAUGCAGUUUGUCACGGACAACUUUAUCAACAUAGGAUGGCCAAAGCUUUCAAUAAAAAGGUAAGACUGAGACAGUUCAAGCUGGGACAAUUGGUGUUAAAACGGAUAUUCCCGCACCAAGAAGAAGCUAAGGGGAAGUUUGCGCCUAAUUGGCAUGGGCCUUAUGUGGUUCACAGAGUGUUGACUGGAGGAGCGGUGAUUCUAGCAGAAAUGGACGGAAAGAUAUGGCCGAAAGCUAUCAAUUCAGAUGCGAUUAAGAAAUACUAUGUCUAG